AUGGCGGGAGGGGUUAUCCUAUCGUCGCAAACCAGAACCCAAACCUUACUCUUUUCCAUUCCCAAAUUACCCUCACCACUAUGGAAGCUCCCCUUCAUUUCCCGCCAAUUUCACUGCAAGUGCUCGCAGACCACCCAAGUCGCUGCGGUGGACUUGGCCAAGUACAAGGAAGCUUUCUCCAGACGAAUGGACAUGGCUGGCCUCAAACCCCAUCACCGAGUCGCUAUUGGAGUUUCUGGAGGGCCUGAUAGUAUGGCCUUGUGUGCUUUAACUGCGUUCUGGAAAGGCCAGGGGCUUGAUGGUAAAUGUGAUGGUGAGGGGUUCAUUGAUGGGGUUCUGGCCAUCAUUGUGGACCAUGGGCUGCGUGAAGAGAGCACUGAAGAGGCCAGCAUUGUUUCCAAUCGUGUCGCGAAAAUGGGAAUCAGAAGCGAUGUUGCCUGUUGUGAUUGGUCCGAUGGCAAGCCGAAACAAGGGCAUGUGCAAGAAGCGGCUCGCGAAAUGAGGUACAGGAUAUUUCAGAAUGUUUGUGUCAAGAACCAGAUUGGUGUGUUACUAACGGCACAUCAUGCUGAUGACCAGGCUGAGUUAUUUGUUAUCAGACUAUCUCGCAAUAGUGGUAUUCUUGGACUUGCUGGUAUGCCUUUCACAUCUCAAAUUUUCUCUGCACACACCCAUUCUCAUACUGAAGUUUCUAGAAACUAUGGGAUUCUUCUUGUGAGACCACUCCUUGAUUUUUCAAAGGAAGAUAUGUACAAGAUAUGCCAAGGGAGUGAUCAGGAAUGGGUGGAAGAUCCAACAAAUCAAAGCCUGUUAUAUGCUCGUAAUAGAAUUCGAAUGUCCUUAAACGAUGCAUCAUGUGCAUUCAAAAAUGAACUACAAGCAGUUAUUUCUGCUUGUCGGGAAACACGCGUAUAUAUUGAUUAUGUUUGUCGAUAUUUGAUGUCUAAAGCAGUGACUGUUUCGCAUCUAGGAUAUGCAGUUAUUGAUUUAGAGAUUCUUAAUCAAUCAAAAGUGGAGGACAUAUGCCUGUCAAAGUUCAUUUCCUUAGUUUUGCAGUUCAUCUCACAAAGGCACAGACCUCUUAGAGGUAAUACUUCAAAAUUGCUUGUUGGUUACAUGCGUAGUUUCCCAUGCAAGACAUCCCUUAGCGCAGCUGGCUGCUUCCUUUCUCCGGCUCCUGGAUCUAGAGGCAUGAAAGCCCUGGUGUGUUGUUCUGUUGAUUCUCCUCUGCCUUCAAAUGUGGGGUUAUCCCAUCAACACUUUCAUGCAGAACAAGAACACUCUACUCCAGAUGAGAUAGAGCAAAUUAUCGCUGAUGGCAAAUCCUAUGCAGAUCGCUUGGUUCCAAAUGCAUCUGAUGUGCCUUUCUUAGAAGUAACAUCAAAUUCAGUUUUAACUGAAGCGAGGAGGCUUGUUAUGAUUAGUGAGUCAACCCAUACAAAACUUCUUUCAUUGCAGAAGGAAGAGAUUGAGCAUUUCAAGUCUAAGAGUGAAGUCAAAGCUGACUACAAGACAAAGCAUGGGAUCAAAUCUGUUAGUACAUCACCCAGUGAACCACUUCCCCUCGGGCAAAUAUGUUGCUUCAUGAACCGAUUUUUCAUCACAUGGAAACUGAGUGAAGUUUCCAAGGAAGCUUUGGAGGGGCAAAGUCGGUGUGGUUGCAAAUCUUGUAUAGUUGGCCAUGAUACGGUGCUUGAGGUGCGUAACAUGAGUGAACAGGAUUGGCUGUAUCUUUCCGACUUGUCAAAGUCUCGUACUUUAGGGAACCUUCAAGAACAAAGCAACUCUUUAGACAGGAAGGUAGCGCUAAGAAAAGAUGAGACAGACACAUGUCUAGACUAUGCAAGAGUUUCAGCACAAAGAGCUCUUCAAUCCUUAAAAUCUAUCCCUGCUGCUGCAAGAAGGGGCCUGCCUGUGCUAGUCAAUAGUCAAGGACUUCUAUUAAGCAUACCAAGCAUCGACUUCCAAGGCUGUUCGUGCUUAAUGGUCUCUGCAACAUUCAAGCCGAAAGUACCACUUGGGGGAGACCAUAGUUCAUUUGUCUAGUCACUGUAGCUUUAGGUUACCUGAUCACCCAUUAUGCAC